CACACAUCACCAGCCUUUAUUCAUGUUUUAAAUUCUUUCGUCUGUUUACUUGCAUUUUUUUUCCAUAUGCCAGUGCCGUGCUGGCCUACAGGAGUUCAAAUAUGGCUAUGCUUCAAGGAAUCCAAACAUAUUUUUCGACACUUAGUCCUUUGGCCGAAAGUAUUUCCCGCGAACUAAGUCAGGCGAAAUCGGCUUACAGUCCAGAUGCUUGGACUGGCUUAACUUUGUCACAACAGGAAAAUAUUGUCAACAAUCAUUUUAUAAAACCUGAAAUAUAUAUUAAGUACUUCAAUAAGACUAAACCGGAAGCUUCACAGAUAUAUGAAAUCGAUAGUUCUAAACUGGGAACACAAACCAAAGUAAAUAUAUCUAAGAGCGGCCACCAGCACUGGCAUAAAAACGACGUUAUAUAUACCUUUAACGGUAAAAACCUGCACUCCUUUAUAUAUCAAAAUGUGGGUCUGAAAGUUGUACACGAUGAAAAUACAGGAGAUUACCGCGAUGAGCAUUCGUUCCCAUUUAGCUACCGAACCAAAUCCCAAAUACAUAUUCCAGAGGAUUUUAGUGAUAAUACUGACAUAGAUCCGGGUUCCACGGAUGUUUGCAAUCAAAUCAUCAUUUUGAAUGUCGAAAAGGAAAUGAUGCACGCUCAGCCAACAACCGGCCUAAGUGUUGAAGAAGAAAUUCAUAACAAAAGUCCCAGGGUCUCGUCCGUCCCCGAAUACGAUCGACUAAAUCACAGAAGAUAUGAAGACGGAACAUGUAGCUUUAAUACAGAUGAAAAAUUAAGUCUCCUAUCAAAUUUUGGGUCAAAAAAUAGUAUCGCGUCAGAUUUAUCUGAUGAGCAUGAAUCCAAAGAUCUCUUUCAAGAAGAAAAUGCUAAGCUUCUAACCCCAGCAGUGCACAUCCCUCAAGGCUUUGAUUUCUUAAGCAAUUGGUAGGGCCCUAUCACUUAUAUUUGAUUAUAAAAUGAUUAACAAUAAAACUUACAUUGUCAAGAAUUU